GUGAUGCAGAUGAAACUGCAUAUAGUUGCAUUGAUUGCACAGAAAGGAAACUUCUCCAAGACUUCAGCACAGGUGGUACUGGAUGGGCUUGUAGACAAGGUUGGUGAUGUGAAAUGUGGAAAUAAUGCAAAAGAAGCCAUGACAGCAAUAGCAGAGGCAUGCCAGUUGCCAUGGACUGCUGAGCAGGUUGUGGCUAUGGCUUUCUCUCAGAAAAAUCCUAAAAACCAGUCAGAAACUUUGAACUGGCUUUCAAAUGCAAUUAAAGAGUUUGGCUUUUCUGGACUGAAUGUCAAAGCUUUCAUCAGUAAUGUGAAGACAGCUCUUGCUGCAACUAACCCAGCUGUAAGAACAUCUGCCAUUACGUUGCUGGGAGUGAUGUAUCUUUAUGUGGGACCUCCCCUGAGAAUGUUUUUUGAGGAUGAGAAGCCAGCCCUUCUCUCCCAGAUAGAUGCAGAAUUUGAGAAGAUGCAAGGACAGGCAGCACCAGCUCCAACUCGUGGCAUUUCCAGGCACAGCACAGGAGGUGGGGAUGAUGGUGAGGAAGAUGAGCAGGAGGAUGUUGGGAAUGAUGUUGUGGAUCUUUUGCCAAGAACAGAUAUUAGUGAUAAGAUCACAGCUGAACUGGUGUCUAAGAUUGGGGAUAAAAACUGGAAGAUCAGAAAGGAAGGUCUAGAUGAAGUGUCAAGCAUAAUAAACGAGGCAAAGUUCAUACAGCCUAACAUAGGAGAACUUCCAGCUUCUCUGAAAAUUCGUCUCAAUGACUCCAAUAAAAUCUUGGUGCAACAAACACUGAGCAUUCUUCAGCAGCUAGCAACAGCAAUGGGCCCCAAUAUCAAACAGCAUGUGAAAAAUUUGGGGAUUCCUGUCAUUACAGUCCUAGGAGAUAGUAAGAAUAAUGUUCGUGCUGCUGCACUAGCAACUGUGAAUGCCUGGGCUGAACAAACUGGCAUGAAAGAGUGGUUGGAAGGGGAAGACUUGUCUGAGGAGCUCAAAAAAGAAAACCCUUUCCUAAGACAAGAGCUUCUUGGUUGGUUGGCUGAGAAGUUGCCUACCCUCCGUUCUGUUCCUUCUGAUCUACUCUUAUGUGUGCCUCACCUGUACUCCUGCCUUGAAGAUCGAAACGGGGAUGUGCGCAAAAAGGCCCAGGAUGCCCUGCCAUUCUUUAUGAUGCAUCUUGGCUUUGAGAAGAUGGCAAAAGCUACUGGCAAGCUGAAGCCAACGUCCAAAGACCAGGUACUGGCCAUGCUUGAGAAAGCCAAAGCCAACAUGCCAGCCAAACCUGCUCUUCCUGCUAAAGCAUCUUCCAGAGUGGGAGGGGGAACAGGUCCAGCCAAAUUCCAGCCUUCAGCACUUGCUGAUGAUAUGGGCUCCAAUACCAUAGAAUCCAAGCCUGAUCCCAAAAAAGCCAAAGUAGGAGGACUGUCCUCUAAAACUAAGGGUGUACAGGGGAAGAAAGUGCUCAGCAAGCCUAAUCUGAAGGAAGAUGAUGAUAAAUCAGGUCCUAUUUUUAUCAUAGUCCCAAAUGGGAAAGAACAGAGGAUGAAAGAGGAGAAAGCUCUGAAGGUGUUAAAAUGGAAUUUCACUACUCCCCGUGAUGAAUAUAUUGAACAGCUAAAAACACAGAUGUCCACUUGUGUGGCCAAAUGGCUACAGGACGAGAUGUUUCAUGCUGAUUUUCAGCACCACAACAAAGCACUGGCUGUCAUGAUAGAGCACUUGGAGAGUGAAAAAGAUGGAGUCAUCAGCUGCCUGGAUUUGAUCUUAAAAUGGCUUACCCUGCGGUUCUUUGAUACCAACACAAGUGUUUUGAUGAAAGCAUUGGAAUACCUUAAACUGCUUUUCAAUUUGCUUAGUCAAGAGGAGUAUCACCUAACUGAAAAUGAAGCAUCCUCUUUCAUCCCAUAUCUUAUCCUAAAGGUAGGAGAACCGAAAGAUGUCAUCCGCAAGGAUGUACGUGCCAUCCUGAACAGGAUGUGUCUCAUCUAUCCGGCCAGCAAGAUGUUCCCUUUUAUCAUGGAGGGGACGAAAUCCAAAAACUCGAAACAACGUUCAGAAUGCUUGGAAGAGCUUGGAUGUCUGGUUGAAUCAUAUGGCAUGAAUGUAUGCCAGCCAACUCCAGGGAAAGCCUUAAAGGAAAUGGCAACUCAUAUUGGUGACAGGGACAACACUGUGCGCAAUGCUGCGCUGAACACCAUCGUGACUGUCUAUAAUGUCCACGGUGACCAAGUGUUCAAGCUGAUUGGAAAUCUUUCUGAGAAAGACAUGAGCAUGCUGGAGGAAAGAAUAAAACGAUCAGCCAAAAGACCGUCUGCUGCUCCAGUGAGACAGGCAGAGGACAAACCUCAGCGGGCUCAAAACAUCAGCACUAAUGCUAGCAUGAUGCGGAAGGGACCAGCUGAGGACAUGUCCUCCAAACUCAACCAAAAUCGCAACAUGGGCAAUCACUCUGAGACAACACAUGCAGUUCCACGGGAAUUCCAGCUGGAUCUUGAUGAAAUUGAAAAUGACAAUGGAACUGUCAGAUGUGAGAUGCCAGCACUUGUACAGCACAAGCUAGAUGACAUCUUUGAGCCGGUCUCAAUUCCUGAGCGCAAAAUCCGUGCUGUGUCCCCGCACUUUGAUGACAUGCACAGUAACACAGCUUCUACUAUCAACUUUGUCAUUUCCCAAGUAGCCAGUGGUGAUAUAAAUACAAGCAUCCAGGCUCUGACACAGAUUGACGAGGUACUCAAACAGGAAGACAAAGCUGAAGCUAUGUCUGGCCACAUUGACCAGUUCCUAAUAGCUACAUUUAUGCAGCUUCGGCUGAUCUACAAUACGCACAUGGCGGAUGAGAAGCUGGACAAAGAUGAGAUAGUCAGACUGUACAGCUGCAUUAUUGGGAGCAUGAUCACGCUAUUUCAGAUAGAGAGUCUGGCUCGAGAAGCCUCCACUGGUGUGCUUAAAGACCUGAUGCAUGGUCUUAUUACAUUAAUGCUGGAUUCUCGGGUUGAAGACCUUGAGGAGGGUGAACAAGUCAUCCGAUCAGUCAACCUUUUGGUAGUGAAAGUUCUGGAGAAAUCUGACCAGACCAACAUCUUGAGUGCUCUCCUUGUUUUGCUCCAAGAUAGUCUGCUAGCAACAGCCAGCUCUCCUAAAUUUUCAGAACUUGUCAUGAAGUGUCUGUGGAGAAUGGUGCGUCUUCUUCCAGAAACCAUUAAUAGCAUCAACUUGGAUCGGAUUCUGCUGGAUAUCCACAUUUUCAUGAAGGUCUUUCCCAAAGAGAAGCUGAAGCGAUGUAAGAGUGAGUUCCCUAUAAGGACACUGAAGACUCUGCUUCACACUCUGUGCAAGCUGAAAGGGCCCAAGAUCUUAGAUCAUUUAACCAUGAUAGACAACAAAAAUGAGUCUGAGCUAGAAGCUCACCUUUGUAGAGUAAUGAAACACUCCAUGGACCAGACUGGAAAAGCUGAUAAGGAUACAGAAAAAGGAGCUUCUCGCACAGAGGAAAAGGCUUCAAAAGCCAAAGUUAAUGAUAUUUUGGCAGAAAUAUUUAAGAAGAUUGGCUCAAAGGAGAACACCAAGGAGGGUCUGGCAGAGCUCUAUGAAUACAAAAAGAAAUACUCUGAUGCAGACAUUGAGCCCUUCCUGAAAAACUCCUCUCAGUUCUUCCAGAGCUAUGUGGAAAGAGGCCUCCGACUGAUAGAGACAGAACAGGAGGGGAAAGGGCGCAUUGCUACUUCUACAGGAAUGUCUCCUCAGAUGGAAGGAACAUGUGCUCCUGUGUCUACCCACACAGUAUCUUCAUCUAUAGGAAACACAAAUGGGGAGGAAGUGGGGCCUUCAGUUUACUUGGAAAGAUUAAAAAUCCUCAGGCAGCGUUGUGGCCUUGACAAUGCGAAGCAGGAAGACAGACCCCCUCUGACAUCUCUGCUAUCUAAACCAACACUCCCUACAGUUGCAUCCUCUACAGAUAUGCUUCACAGUAAGCUCUCCCAACUCCGUGAGUCCCGGGAGCAGUACCAGCAUCUGGACCUGGACUCCAAUCAGACUCAUUCCUCUGGCAUUGGAACUACCUUGGCUCCACCCUCUUCUGCAGCAGCCAAUAUUGAUGACUUGAAAAAACGAUUGGAGAGAAUAAAAAGCAGUCGCAAAUAGAGGUGCAGAAGAGACGGUGUUGCUGUUGCUUGGGCUGUCUUCAGCUUUAGUUUACUAAACUAGAAGUCUUCAUAGUUAAAUGGCCUCGUUUAGGCCUAAUGUAUACAAACUGGUUUAUGUAUAAUACAGUGGAUUUUGGGGGGUUUGAGUCAUUGUGGCACAAGUAUUUGUACAUACUCUGCUUCUCAGUGAGCAUUUCUUUGACAAUAGAAGGCUGUCUGUGUAUUAGUUUUAGUGUACAGACCUGUAAACAACCAUCUUGUUCAGAAUAGUUUCUCAUAACUUGGUUUUUUAUUUGUAAAAUUGUCUUUAAGAUAUUUUCCUAGUUCUUAACUCUUAGAUAAUCUUCAGUGAUUUCACUUUUAAUUUUGUGAUUUUUUUCCUCCAUGUAAUCCUUGAACUGUUGAUUCUGUAUGGACACAUGGCAUGAAGUAACUAAUUUAAGUGUCUUUUGUAAAUAAAGUUUGCAUUAACUAUA